AGCCCCAAUAAACAAACCAAUCAAAGAAAAAGACAUCGGUCUAUAGUAGAAUUUAUAGAAAAAAUUACACAAACACGGAACUACUACCCCCCACCCCCACCCCUCGCUCUCUCUCUUACAAAAUCAGCCCCAAAAUCUCCGAAAACAAUUUUUUCCCAAUUCGUCACAGCUGAAAAUCAUCGUCGGCGCCGGAGAUGGGAACGGUAACCGGAGACGGAAUCAGGCGGUCAAAGGUCUUCGCCUUGAUAUCAAUUUUGUUAUUCAGUUUCGUGAACGACAUAACGGCGUUAUCGGUAACAGUUAACGACGAGGAAUGUGUAUACGAAUAUGUUCUCUAUGAAAACGAUACUAUUUCUGGAAACUUCGUUGUCGUUGAUCAUGAUAUCUUCUGGAGCUCCGAUCAUCCAGGCAUCGAUUUCACUGUGACAGCACCCGGAGAAAAUGUUGUACACACAAUGAAGGGAACAUCUGGGGAUAAAUUUGAGUUCAAGGCCCCUCGGAGUGGGAUGUACAAGUUCUGUUUCAAGAAUCCUUAUUCGACUCCAGAAACUGUCUCUUUCUACAUACAUAUUGGACAUAUUCCCAAUGAGCAUGACCUAGCCAAAGAUGAACAUUUGGACCCCAUUAAUGUCAAAAUUGCUGAACUAAGAGAGGCACUGGAGUCGGUCACUUCUGAGCAGAAGUACCUAAGAGCACGUGAUGCCCGUCAUCGUCAUACUAACGAGAGCACACGGAAACGUGUUAUAUUUUACACAAUUGGAGAGUAUCUGCUGCUUAUAUUGGCAAGUGGACUUCAGGUUGUGUAUAUUAGACGUCUGUUCAGCAAGUCAGUUGGCUAUAACCGGGUUUGAAAAUUUUAGGAAGCAGCUUUUCUUUUUUGGCCUAUGCUCUACUGGAACUUGGAGUUAUUUUGGUUAGCAAUUGAAGUUUAGAAAAGAAAGAAAAAACAUAUCCUUUUGUAGCAUUUGAUUCUAAAUCAUUUGAAAGGAUUUUGUCCAUUCUCAAAAGCUGGUUUAACUUUCAGAUAAUGAUGCACGAAAUUGGUUGUUAUUUCGUAGACUGAUUUCAUAUAGUGAUUGAUUUAUAAGACGUCCUAUUGAAAUUUCA